CGGCAUCCUUCCUCACCCCCUCCAUGCUCACCAACCCUCGGGGCAUACUCGUAUUCCCCACCCUGAGUACCUUGGAUGGCCCGCCCGGAAACCCCGCCGACAUGGAGGCCAACGCGCGCUUCACAGCCAGCAUCGAGAUCAUCGGCUCGAUGACCGUCGGCGGCACGUUCUACGGCUUCACGACCGCGACCGCCGCGCUGUGCGCGCACACGCUCGUGCAGACGCGCGCGCACCGCUCGCGGCGGCGCCUCGCGUUUCUCCUCGCGUACGUCGGAGUGCUCUGGGCGCUCGGCACGGUGCUCAUCGGGGGCACGUCGCGCGUGUGGCUCGAGACGUAUGUGAUUAACGCGGCGAGCGCGCUCGAGUACCCGUAUGUGCGGGCGCCGGCGGAGGGCGCGGCGGCGCUGGUGGUGAACACGGCGUAUUGGGUCAUUCUUAUGCUCACGGACGGGGCGAUGAUCUGGCGGUUCAAAGUCGUCUGGUCGGGCUCCCGCUUUUAUCGCUACCUCAUGGUCUCGCCUGUUUUGCUGUAUCUGGUCAUAAUAAUCCCCGGCUUCUGCGUAUACGUGCUCUCCGACUCCCGUUCUGCAUGGGGGCCUCCCGACAACGUCAACCUGCGCCUCAUCAGCGCCGUAACCCUCUCCUCGUUCUGCCUCAACGUAUACGCCACCGCCCUCAUCGCAGGCCGUCUCUUCGUCUACAGACGCCGGUUCCGCGCCAACUGGGGUACGUACCAUCCCGCCCCUCGUUAAAUCCCCACUCGCUAACACGCAACCUCACCUCACCAUCCCAAUCCCCUCGUGCAGGCACACCAGACACAAAACACUACACCUCCAUGGGCGCCAUGCUCAUCGAGUCGUACCUCCCCCUCACACUCUGCACGAUCCCGUUCUUCAUCACGUACCGCCUCAACCACCCCGCGCAGUUCAUGAUGGCCUCCAUCCUCGACCAGAUGCAGAUCACCG